AUGUUUAAGCACUUUCGUCGUGGUGGCGGACGCCUCAGUCUCCCCAUUGACGAGCCCGCACUCGCAGCGCCUUCGCGAAAGCAAAAGAAGCGUUUUCGCAAUGUCAAGCGCCUCUCCGUCCUCGUCGUCGCCGUGACCAUCAUGGCCACUGGCUUCAUGGCCACCAAGAGCUCGUCCUUUGCUUCCACCCUCCGCCAGUCGUCCUGGGACGGCACCGUCACCCACGCCCAGCUCUUGAACCUUUCCCUGCCGCAGCAGUCUCGCAACGUCGGCGGCACCCGUCGCUUCCGCGUCUUCAUGCCCGCCGACGCGCCGCACCUCAGCCUCUGCAAGUCCGUCAUGUCGUCCGUCGCCCUCGGCUACCCCCUGCCCAUCCUGCUCAACUGGAAGGGUGAGUUUAACCGCCCCGAGUGGCAUCUCGCCGGCAGCCACAUCGCCAAGCUCGAGAGUCUGCACGCGGCCAUCGAGGCCCUGCUCGCAGACCCCAACGACAUUGCCCACGACGAUGACCUCGCCGUCCUCGUCGACUCGUACGAUAUUUGGUUCCAGCUGCCCCCGUCCGUGCUGAUCCAGCGCUACCACCAGCUCAACAAGGAGGCCGAUCAGCGCAUACGAAAAGAAUGGCGGGAAAUCCGGGGUGAGCACGAUAACUUCCCCAUACAGCCUCCGAAGCAAAAUAUAGUCGUCACAUCCGCCAAGGACUGCCACCCCGGUCCCCAGUCGGGCUCCAACCCGCACUACGACCACUGGCCGCAGUCCCCCAUGCCAAAGUUCAUGUACGGCCCGGGCACGGACAAGGUGUCGGGACCUCUGUUCGAUUCCGCGCGAAAAUAUAAAAAGGUCCGCCCCCGCUGCGUCAACAGCGGCAUGAUCAUGGGCACCAUGGGCGCACUCCGGGCUGCCCUCGUCCGCAGCAAAGAAAAGAUUGCCGAGGCGGAGCGCACAGGACGACAGCUCUGGAGCGACCAAGCGCUCGUUGGCGAGAUCAUGGGUGACCAGGAGCUCUGGCGCGAGUGGAUGCGCCAUCUGGGCUCGACAUGGAACGGCGACGCCUCAGACAGCACGCCGUCCAGCCUACACAAAGACGUGCUGCCCAUUGCGCGGGCCGCGAUGCAGGGCAAAAACUUUGAGUUUGGCAUCGGCCUCGACUACUCCUUCAGCACCAUCCCGCCGACCUGCUCCGCCGAGGAGGACGGCUACUUUGUCAACCUCAACGACCACAAGCAGGUCGAGGCCGAGUCGGAAAGGGCCGGCGUCGUCGACGGCAUCCGCGUCCGCGGCGUGCCCCCGGAGCUGGCCCUGGCCAAGAACUCCCCGAACGCCGCCCGCGACGCGGCCAAGUACCGCGAUCCGCUGCGCGACAUAUCCUGGGGCGACGUGCCGCUGUACACGGACUUUUACUUUGGCACCACGCCUGUCGGCAUCCACCACAACGCCUACGUCGACAACCUCAAGGCCUGGCGCAUCGAGCACUGGUGGGACCGCAUGUGGUUCUACCCGCAGCUGCGCAAGCUCGUCUCGUCGCACCUCAUCCUCCCGCAGACGGGGUCCGGCGUCCGCCCCAUUGUUCGCCUGGCGUCGGCGGCGUCGGACGGCAAGGAGGUCAUCUACAUGCCCCCCGCGUCGGAAACGCACGAAAAGGUCGUGACGGUGUUUGAGCCGGCCAAGGAUGGCGAGGACGCCACGUUUCCGCCCAUCUCAUGGGACGGCAUCUGCCAAAAGGGCAAGAAGCCGUGGUUUGAGGAGCUCUUUGGCGACAAGAUUGGUCCCUUGGCUCUGUGA